UUGCAAACCUCGACAACAAUUUAUAUCGGCAAUUUGUCGUUCUACAAAACUGAAGAGCAGGUCUAUGAGCUCUUCUCUCAUGUUGGAGGGUUCAAAAAGAUAAUUAUGUUUCUAGAUAAGAACAACAAGUAUUAUUCUAGGGAAGAUGCCGAAGAUGCAGUUAAAUAUAUCAGUGGGACCAUUCUAGAUGAUCGUUCUAUUCGUGUAGACUUUGACUGGGGAUUUGAAGAAGGAAGACAAUGGGGUCGUGGUCGUAGCGGCGGACAGGUGCGCGACGAGUAU